AAUCGAAAGUAAACUUUUCUUUGUGCGUCAGCAGCAGCAGCAGCAGCAGCAGCAGGGCGGGAAGAGUUAACAGCUCUGUGUUUAAAGUCUUUGCUUCUAUCAGGAGGAACUCAGAGGAUUUUACUCCAACAUGUUCCUGCUGUUCUUCAUCCUGCUGCACGUUACCCAGCAUGCCUUGGGAGUGGAGGUGAUUGAGGGGGCGGAGUCUGUGGUGCUGCCCUGUGGGGCCCCUCCUGGAGCUGCUUCCUCAGUGGUUUGGAGCCGCUAUGAUCUGAUUCCCUCCAAUGUUCAUGUGCGUAUCAAGACAGGUCAGGCUGAAGAAGAUGAUCUUACAAACAAAAACCAGCUGUUCACAAACCGUACAGAGAUGCAGCCUGACGCUCUGAGAACUGGACACGUCAGCCUCACUCUGAAACACAUUCAGCUGUCAGACGAUGGCAUCUACAUCUGCAUUGCCCGUGGUGGGGGGGAAAGGCUGACGAACACACAAGUACAGCUGCAGGUCAUCAGCAGGGAAGAAGCGGAACAAGCCAGGAGACAACGAGACACAGUGAUCGCUGUGGUGAUCUUUAUCCUCAUUAUCCUCUGUAUCCUGGCUGCUGUCCUGGGACGUCUGUAUCAUUUAGAAUACAUUGGCAGAAAAGACAAACGGGUGGAGGUGGAUUCAGGGGAGGAGUCUGUCCUGCUGCGCUGCAGAACAAUCAGUCUCCUGCCCAAAGACGUCACAGUGGAGUGGACGGAUGAAGACAACAGGAUGGUCCAUGUGAAUAAGAACGGUUCUGACCAGCCUGGAGGACAGGACGGUCUUUACAGAGGACGGACAGAGAUGAAGAUGAAGAGAGACCUGAAGAUCUUUAUAGACCUCAGUCUGACCCUGAAACAGCCCACAGAGAGAGACAGAGACACCUACACCUGCACCGUCUACAGCAGGGAGGGAAAAGUCCUGAUGAAGAGACAAGUGGAGCUCAAGGUCAAAGUCCCACAGGUGAAGGUAUAUUCAGGGGAGGAGUCUGUCCUGCUGCCCUGUGAAACCACAGUUCAGCUUCCUGAAGACGUCACAGUGGAGUGGACGGAUGUAUUCAACAGGAAGAUCCAUGUGAAUCAGAAGAACGGCUCUGACCAGCCUGGAGGACGAACAGAGAUGAAGAGAGAGAGACCUGGAGACCUCAGUCUGACCCUGAAACACCCCACAGAGAGAGACAGAAACACCUACACCUGCACCGUCUACAGCAGGGAGGGAGAAGUCCUGAUGGAGAGACAAGUGAAGCUCCAGGUCAAAGUCCCACAGGUGGAGGUGGAUUCAGGGGAGGAGUCUGUCCUGCUGCCCUGUGAAACCACAGUUCGGCUGUCUGAAGACGUCACAGUGGAGUGGACGGAUGGAUUCUACAGGAAGGUCCAUGUGUAUCAGAAGAACGGCUCUGACCAGCCUGGAGGACGAACAGAGAUGAAGAGAAAGAGACCUGGAGACCUCAGUCUGACCUUGAAACACCCCACAGAGAGAGACAGAGACACCUACACCUGCACCGUCUACAGCAGGGAGGGAGAAGUCCUGAUGAAGAGACAAGUGGUGCUCAAGGUCAAAGUCCCACAGGUGAAGGUGGAUUCAGGGGUGGAGUCUGUCCUGCUGCCCUGUGAAACCACAGUUCAGCUGUCUGAAGACGUCACAGUGGAGUGGACGGAUGGAUUCAACAGGAAGAUCCAUGUGUAUCAGAAGAACGGCUCUGACCAGCCUGGAGGACAGAACAGACGUUACAGAGGACGAACAGAGAUGAGGAGAAAGAGACCUGGAGACCUCAGUCUGACCCUGAAACAGCCCACAGACAGAGACAGUAACACCUACACCUGCACCGUCUACAGCAGGGAGGGAAAAGUCCUGAUGAAGAGACAAGUGAAGCUCUGGGUCAAAGAUCCAGAUUCAGAUUCUGUGGCAAGUGGCCUGAAUUUCUACAAAGAUGGGAUCAUUUACGUGAAUGAUCUCAGGCUCAAAGACCAUCAGGUGGAGGUGGAGGAGGGGGUGGAGUCUGUCCGCCUGCCCUUCAAGAUCACAGAUGACCUGCCUGAGGAUGUCACAGUGGAGUGGAGACGGUUUAAACCCAGACCCACAAUCAUGGCUUACAUGUACGAGGACGGCUCUGGCCGGCAGGACCAACAGGACCCGUCUUACAGAGGACGCACAGAGAUGAAGAGAAACCUGAAACAGGGAGACUUCAGUCUGACCCUGAAAUCCCCCACAGUCAGAGACGGAGGACGAUACAUCUGCAGAGUCUACAGCAAUGAGGGGAACAUCAGGAAAGAGACAACAGUUGAGCUAAGGGUCUCAGAGAGGAGCAACUCCACUGAUGAAACUCCUCUGAUGGCUGAUUAUGCUGUUUAAUCUGUGAUCGUCGAUCCGGUCUGUCUCUGGAUCAGAACAGGGAGGUGAAACAGCUGAUGGAGGACAGAUGAAGACAGGAGGACUCAUCUCAGUAUUGAUGAAAUGUAUUUUACUGCUCGAGCUUUGCUUCAUGUUAAACGCAUCAGCUGGUUCCUGUACACGUCGACCCGGUCUACUAGGUUGGUGUUCUUUAGGAACAGGAGACCGGGUCGGGCCCAGUAGCCGCGUGUUCUUUAGGAACAGGAGACCAGGUCGGGCCGGUAGCCGCGUGUUCUCUAGGAACAGGAGACCGGGUCGGGCCGGUAGCCGCGUGUUCUCUAGGAACAGGAGACCGGGUCGGGCCCGGUAACUGCGUGUUCUCUAGGAACAGGAGACCGGGUCGGGCCCGGUAGCCGCGUGUUCUUCAGGAACAGGAGACCGGGUCGGGCCGGUAGCCGCGUGUUCUCUAGGAACAGGAGACCGGGUCGGGCCGGUAGCCGCGUGUUCUCUAGGAACAGGAGACCGGGUCGGGCCGGUAGCCGCGUGUUCUCUAGGAACAGGAGACCGGGUCGGGCCCGGUAACUGCGUGUUCUCUAGGAACAGGAGACCGGGUCGGGCCCGGUAGCCGCGUGUUCUUCAGGAACAGGAGACCGGGUCGGGCCCGGUAGCCGCGUGUUCUCUAGGAACAGGAGACCGGGUCGGGCCGGUAGCCGCGUGUUCUCUAGGAACAGGAGACCGGGUCGGGCCCGGUAGCCGCGUGUUCUUCAGGAACAGGAGACCGGGUCGGGCCCGGUAGCUGCGUGUUCUCUAGGAACAGGAGACCGGGUCGGGCCCGGUAGCCGCGUGUUCUUUAGGAACAGCAGACCGGGUCGGGCCCGGUAGCCGCGUGUUCUUCAGGAACAGGAGACCGGGUCGGGCCCGGUAGCCGCGUGUUCUCUAGGAACAGGAGACCGGGUCGGGCCCGGUAGCUGCGUGUUCUUCAGGAACCGGGUCGGGCCCGGUAACUGCGUGUUCUUUAGGAACAGCAGACCGGGUCGGGCCCGGUAACUGCGUGUUCUCUAGGAACAGGAGACCGGGUCGGGCCCGGUAACUGCGUGUUCUCUAGGAACAGGAGACCGGGUCGGGCCCGGUAACUGCGUGUUCUCUAGGAACAGGAGACCGGGUCGGGCCCGGUAGCUGCGUGUUCUUCAGGAACCGGGUCGGGCCCGGUAGCCGCGUGUUCUUCAGGAACAGGAGACCGGGUCGGGUCCGGUAGCUGCGUGUUCUCUAGGAACCGGGUCGGGUCCAGUAGCUGCGUGUUCUGCUUCAAAGUGCCUCUGUAAUGUUUAAAGUAUUAUCUCUGACUGUAACUGACUGCAGUGAAACUUUGUUACGUGUAAAUAUGAAACUAAAUCAUUCAUAAUUAAGGAAAACUAAAAUUUGACAGCUUUGUUUCUCUGCCUCUGAUCACGCCUGUACCUGUGAUUGUCCCGGAGCCUGAG